AUGGAUGAAGUGGCUUUGCAAGAAAAUGUGGCCUAUGUACAAAUGACACAUGUUGAACCGUACAAAAAUGGCUAUGAUGUGUUAAGUUAUGAGGCACACACUAAUUUGCGCCAAUUCGUUUACGAAAUGUCGGUAAUGGAUGAGAAGGUGCCCCAGGAUGAACCGAAACUGGCGCGACAGGCACUCAAACGUAUCUUCGUAACAGUGGAAGAUAGUUUUCCGAAUACGCGAAGACGUUCACGUGUUGUGAAACGCUCCGAAACGCGUCUUGUUUCGGUGUGUGCGGAAGCAUUGGAAGCUAACGAAGCGGCUAUUGGUGAUGACCAAAUCGAGUAUCACAAUAUGCUUAAAAAUGCAUUCGCAGCAAUGAUCGAAAGGCUGCAUGGUUACUUCGGUGAGAUGAUGCCAGUGGAGCAGGAUCAUGCUGAUAGCGUACCAGCAGUGUCUCAGGAGCAAAGAACCAACAGAAAUUCCAUGCAUAUUCUCGAUUCGAUUGGCGGAAUCAACAGUUAA